UAAUUGAAUGCCGUAGUAACUCGUUCAAACUAGCAACAUGGCACAAUAUAACUUCGAAGGCGCUAUUGAAGGCAUCAGCGAACAGCAACUAGAAUUCAUUAACAAAGUUAUUAUAGAACAAGGAUUGAAUGAUGCUAAAGUGCAAUUUGAGACGGUCGGUCAAGCCGGUGACAACUAUUCAUCAGAGGUGAGGCGAUUAACAGUAGAAGGAGAAAAUGGAACCUUAAAUUUGAUUGCCAAAAUCGCACCAACAAAUGAAAUGGCUCGGUUAGCCACAAGUAGUGACAUAAUGUUUUCGAAUGAGCAUUUGAUGUACACGGAGGUAUUUCCAACAUUCCUCGAACUUCAAAAAAAUGCUGACAUCCCUGAAAGUGAGCGCUUACGAUUCCCAAAAUGCUACGGAUCAAAUGGAAACGAAUCAAGUCAUGAAGUAAUCAUCUUAGAAGAUCUGAAGACGUCGGACUUUGUUAUGCUGGACAGAUUCGAAUCAUUGUCUGAUGAAUGUGUUCGAAGCAUGUUGAGAAACUUUGCUAUAUUCCAUUCCCUUUCUCACGUAUUGAAACAAAAGAAUAUGGAAAAAUAUAACCACUUCAAAGAUAGUUUGGUAGGAAUGUGGUCUCUAAUGGAGAAAAUGGAUUUUAUGGCGGCAAAUUUCGAAAAAAUGGAUCAAACCACAGUCAGCCUUCUUGAUAAUAAAGAACACAAAGAUAUAGUGAGAAAUAAAAUAAGUACGGUAUUAAGGAUGCAUUCUAAACAAGCAAAUCUAGAUAAACAUAGUAAACAUUCGGUUCUACGUCAAGGGGAUUCAUGGACGAACAAUAUGAUGUUUAAAUUUGAGGAAGGCGAGCUCAAAGAAUCAAUAAUGAUAGACUACCAGUUAUCCAACCAUGGGAAUCCUACAUAUGACCUCCUCUACAUGAUCUUCAACUGCACAGACCACAAAGCGAGAGCACAACACUUCCCCGAUUGGAUUGACUAUUACCAUUCAGAGUUAGACAAAUCAUUAUCACAGUUCGGUCUAAAAGCCAACUUCAUAUACCCCAGAGAUCAAUUAGAUGCGGACUUAAAACGGUACGGGAAUUCACUUUUCGGAUUUUCCCUGAUCCUAUCUUGUAUGUUGACCUUAAAAUCAGAUGAAGCAUCUAAAAUGAAAGAAUCUAUGAAGAAUUCGGACAAUUUGGAAAGUAUGGAUAUGGCUGAGAUGUUUUCAGCAAAUAGCAAUGAAACUAUUAACUUGUUAAAGGCUAAAAUUGUUGGACUUAUUGACAGCUAUAAGAUGUUUGGACUGAUGUCUCACUUCGCGAUGGCUCAAUACAACUUCGAAGGUAACAUUGACGAUAUCAACGAACGCCAACUUGAAUUCAUUGGCAAGGUCAUUGAAGAACUUGGAUUCAAGGACAGCAAGGCGACUUUUGAGCCAGUAGGGAAAGCUGGUGAUAAUUACACCGCAAACGUGAAAAGAAUCACCAUAGAACACGAAAAUGGUACUCAGAAACUUAUAGCGAAAUUUGCACCGACAUUAGAAAUCCUACGAUCAAACUUCAAUACCAAGAUGGUUUUUAACAAUGAACAUGUUAUGUAUACCGAGGUUCUCCCCAAACUGCUGCAGCUACAGAAAGAUGCAGACAUACCAGAGAGUGAACAGCUAAGAUUCGCGAAAUGCCAUGGAUCGUUAGCCGAAGAACCUUACGAAGUAAUCGUUCUCGAAGACCUUGGAGAAUCAGACUUCGUUAUGUUGGACAGACUCGAAUCGCUAACCGACGAGUCAGUGAGAAGCAUACUAAGGAACUUCGGGAUAUAUCAUUCCCUCUCGUAUGUUCUAAAGAAGAAAGAACCAGACACUUAUGAUCAUUUCAAAAAUAGUCUUAUGGAAGUAUGGGAGAAUGUUAAAGACACUGAUGAUAUCAUGAAUCACUUCAAUCAGCUGGAGAACUUGGCGUUAAUGGUAGUUACUGAUCCUGAACACCAAAAUAUAUUGAGGCACAAAAUUUCCAGUGCUAUUUCACAGGCGAAUAAAUUUAAUAAAUUCGACAAAAAUAACAAAUAUUCUGUCAUACAACAAGGAGAUUCUUGGACCAAUAACAUCUUGUUUAGAUUUGAGGAUGGUGCCCUCAAAGAGUCAGUCAUGAUUGACUACCAGUUAUCGAGGAGUGGGCUUCCAGUCUACGACUUGCUCUACAUGAUCCUCAAUUGUACUGACCACGAGACAAGAUCCAAACACUACUACGAUUGGUUAGACUAUUAUUAUUCGGAGUUAGAAAAAUCAUUGUCUCAUUUCGGUCUGAAAUCCAAUUUCGUCUACCCAAGAGACCAAUUAGAUGCUGAUUUGAAAAGAUACGGUAAACUUGCUUUUAGUCUGGCAGUUAUACUUUCUAGUGCAGUUGUAAUAAAAUCUGAGGAUGUUAGGAAAUUGCAAGAAAGUUUGAUGAACGUUGGUUUAAGGGAGGUAUCAGACAGCAUUAAUGCGUCCAUCUUCGACGAAGAAGGGGUAAAACGUUUUAGAAAUAGGAUUGUUGGACUCAUUGAUUCAUUGCAACUGUUUGGUUUGUUUUGAGAAAAAAAAUAAUUAUUAAAUUAAAAAUUCGAUAAUCGUAAGACAUGUAAAA